AUGGAACCAGAUUGGGACGAUGGAGAUGGCUAUGAGGAGCAAGUGGACGACCUCUGGUGGUCAGACUGGUCACCAUGGCACGAAUGGACAACAUCCGAUGAUGCUGGUACAGAAUUCUGGAGCGCAGACGACUGGAGUGAAGACUGGUGGACGGAUGAUUGGACUAAUGAAGAAGACGUAUUGCCAGAUGAGACUUUAGCUGAUCCGGAAGAGACGCAAUUGUCGGAGGCCUUUGCGAUCGCCAAUGAGGCGAAUAGAACAUUGAAGGAAGCCAGAGAGGCGGUUCGUCGAGUUCGAGCUGCCCGCGGGUACUACGCGCCCGAGUCCAAUUCGGGCAAGGGCAAAUCAGGAGGCUCAUCCAAGUCGAGCUCACCGACCUCCAAACAAGGAAGCAAGAGUUCAUUUGGACCAUGCUUUGUCUGCGGAAUGCGCGGUCAUGGUUACCAACAGUGCCCUGAUCGCUUUGCCCCCAAGGGCAAGAGCAUUGGAGCUGGAAAAGGUCAGAGCUUCAAGGGCAAGGGCACUGGAUUUGGGAAAGGAACUGGCUUCAAGGGCAAUAGCAAAGGCAAGGAUUUCAACAAGGGUUCAUUCAGCAAGGGGAAGACAUACUACAUUUCUGGUUUUUUGGCCCAGUGGGACAAUCAUGCAUCACAUGGCAGAGCACCCACUCGUGCGAUCUUGGACACCGGGGCAACCGAGAAUGCCAUUGGUUUGGACUCCCUUCAUGACCUGGUGGUGAAUGGCAAGUUCCAGUACACGGUUUGUCGGAACGACCUCCCAACCUUCAGGUUUGGCAACGGACACCGUGACCAAGCACUUAGUCGGGUAGACCUGCUGGACACCUCGUUAGGGAGCAUUUCAUUCUACGUGUUGGGUGGCAUGGCGAAAGGAACCCCUCCGCUGAUCGGACUGGACCCGAAGCAAGCAUUUGGAGGACUCCUACGACUGAAGGAGAAAGCAAGAAUUGCCUAUGAGCAGGAACAUGCCAAGUACAAGCUCUCUCGCUUGAACAACGCUCUAGGAAAGAAAGAGCAACAGGAGGCCAAGAGGCCGAAGGGGCCACCAGAAGGCAAGAUGAUGAAGGUGCCGGUGAAGAAGACGAUCCAGAAGAAGGGAUCGAAACAAGAUGAGAUGAAGCCGCAAGAAGAGCAUCAAUCUCGGGAGGAACAACCUGACGAACUACAAGCACCCGAGGAGGAGAAGCCAACAAGUGCUCAAGCGGCUAUGACGCCGAGGACCCAGGCGCUUGAGUCAGAGGGGAAGCCAAUUCCACCGACUCCAUUUCUCCAGGAUCAGCCAGAUGAUGAUCCCGCUGCGACAGCAGCCCAAUCUUCGAGUGGCAAUUGUUCCACUCCUCAAUGCAAGCUUCCAGGAGGACAUCAUGGACCUCACGAGGAUGAUGUCGGAAGAAAAUUCGCCAUGUCAACAUCUGGCGGAAGAAUCAAUUUGGAUGAUGAUCCAUCUCAACGAGAUGAAGAUCCAAGUUCAUCCAGUUCUUCAAGCUCGUCCUCGUCAUCAGAGGAGUUGCGAACGGAGGUGGAAGAAAGGAGGAGGAAAGCCAAAGAACCCCGACGAACAAGGGGAAACAAAAGGAAGGCCGAUGAAGGGCCGGAGCAAGGGCAGUUCUAUGCCUUGGAGAUUGAGGUCUCAGAAGAAGAGUCCAGCUACCUCAUGAAGCAUCCCCGGAAGGUAUGGAGCGAACAGACGUGGAAGCGACUCCGGGCCAAGCGAACGUCCACCCCACUGUCCCUAGCGACCGUGGCAUUGCUGUGGAGCGGAUUGACAGCAACUGAAGCCAGCCGAGAGGCCAAUGUCAGUGUUGCUGCCACCGUCGUGAUAUUUUAG